AUGGAAGGUCGGAUGGAACCAUGCGUCGGCAUCGUCGUGACGUGGUUCGUCUCUGCACGUUGCUUGACAGCUGGGGACUGGAUGGAUCUCCACAUCGACAUCGCCUUGACGCGCCCACCCUCGCCGACGGAGACCGCGGCUUACGGCGAAUUCGAGUCGCUCUCCACUACAACCCGAAGUCGUGGUCCCAUAGUGGAGUUCGGCCGUGCCAAAACGGCACAUGUCAGCCCUAUUCAGGGAUGGCACUGCCAGGCCCCACGAGGGGAAGGGCCUAGAAAAGGUGGCCUAAACAUUGCUGGGUACCAAGCCGUCUCCAGGCUAGCCAGGGCCGCAGAGUUCUUAUCAUGGUCGAAACAAUCAAAAUCGAAACAACAACAAUACCAAUAACAACAACAACCAUACUCAUCCUCCACAUCCUACCUAUUCUUCCUCUUCCUCUGCAUAUUUAUUCUGCCUAUUCUUCUCCUUCGUCAUCUUCUUCUCCAUCUCCUUCCCGUCGCCCCACUCGCUGUCACCAGACUGGCAGGGUGAGCCCGCACACUCUGGCAGUCUGGAAUGUUCGUUCCCUUUUAGACAAUCCGAGGAGCAAUCGACCGGAAAGGAGGACGGCGCUAGUGGUACGAGAACUGGCGCGCUACAAGGUGGACAUCGCCGCACUCAGCGAGACCCGUUUCUCCGAACAAGGCCAACUGGAGGAGGUGAGUGCCGGCUACACCUUCUUCUGA